AUAUUCCUUUAGUUCUUUCAUAACCUUUUAAAGCAAAAAUGUCAUCUUCUUGCUGUUCAGGUAACUGCGGUUGUGGUUCCGGUUGCAAAUGUGGGACCAGCUGUGGUGGCUGCAAGAUGAACGCAGACAUCAGCAACUCCGAGACCAUCACCACCAGAACCACCAUCGCCGGUGUUGCAUCCGCCACCAAGAGUUGUCACGAUGGAUCAGAGAUGGGAGUUGCAACAUCAGAGAAUGGUUGCAAGUGUGGAUCAAACUGCACUUGCAACCCAUUUGCUUCUGUUGCUCCAAUGGCUUCCGAUUCGUCUGACAUACCUUCACUUAAGAACGUUGAAGUUGUUGCUGGAAAAGUGAAUCCACCGACAGAUGUAUCAAAAUCGAUUAUGUAUGUGCCAUUGAUCUUCUACAAACUCCAAUUAGCUGAAACAAUUCUUUUAGCAUUUCAAAACUACAUUCUUAUGCUUGGAACAAGUGUAAUGAUCCCUUUACUAUUAGUUCCAUUGAUGGGUGGAUCAAAUCUGGAAUCAACACACUUCUUCAAAGACUCUUUGGAACCAGGUUACCUGCUUUUUUGGAAUAUGCCCAUACUUUACAUCAUAAAUGAUUCAUCUCUGCAACGGAUCCCAAAUCAUUAUGAUAUAUUAUACAAACAAUGA